ACGUCGGGAUUUGGCGACUUCACGCUUGCGCACUGUAGUCAUACGCUGAUGCAAGAAAUUUUGGGCGAAGCGGUGUGGGACUGAUCGAAGAAGAAAGAAGAGGCAUUUUUAUUUCAUUGUUCAGCACGCAAACAUGUCAGGAGACGAGAUGAUUUUCGAUCCCAACAUGACUAAGAAGAAAAAGAAGAAGAAGAAGCCCUUCAUGCUGGAGGAGGACGGAGGAGAAGGGACGGGGGGAGAAGAAGCUAAGGAGGUGGAGACAAAGGAGGCAGAACCAGAGGCUGGAGAUGACAAGGAGGUGGAUCUAGAUGAAGAUGAAGGCAGGAAGAAAGAGCCGUCGGAUGACUUGAACGACCUAAACUUCUUCAACCAGAAGAAAAAGAAGAAGAAACCCAAGAAAGUGUUUGAAAAUGAUAUGGAGGAGGGAUUGAAGGAGCUGAAAAUUGAAGGCGAGCAGACGGAAGCUAUGGAGGAGGACAACCUGGAUCUGAUGCUCCCUAACAAAAAGAAGAAGCCAAAGAAAGUAGAUUUUGAUGAAAACGACUCCGGUGAUAAAGACGACGCAGUGGAUGAUGAUGAUGGCAAGAAUGGUGAUGGGAUCUCCUUCAGCUCUUCCACAGGACCGGCCUGGGCUGGUUCGGAAAGAGACUACACCUACGACGAGCUCCUGAACAGAGUCUUCAACAUCAUGAGGGAGAAGAACCCCGACAUGGUGGCUGGGGAGAAGAGGAAGUUUGUGAUGAAGCCUCCCCAGGUGGUCCGAGUGGGAACCAAGAAAACCUCCUUUGUCAAUUUCACAGACAUCUGCAAACUGUUGCAUCGUCAGCCUAAACAUCUCCUCGCUUUUCUAUUGGCUGAGCUGGGAACGAGCGGCUCCAUUGACGGAAAUAACCAGCUUGUGAUCAAAGGCAGAUUUCAACAGAAACAGAUAGAAAAUGUGUUGAGAAGAUAUAUCAAGGAAUAUGUGACGUGUCACACCUGCCGCUCACCGGAGACCAUCCUGCAGAAGGACACUCGUCUCUAUUUCCUGCAGUGUGAGACGUGCCACUCCCGCUGCUCCGUCGCCAGUAUCAAGACCGGUUUCCAGGCUGUGACGGGCAAGAGGGCGCAGCUCCGCGCCAAAGCUAACUAAAGGCCAUUAAAACUGGGCUUCCCCCACCUCUUCUCACGGUCCAAUCUUUCCCCAUCAGAAGGGCCGAAGCUGGGGUCGGGCGCCCGCUUGAUCUGCUAAAAGGACUCUCUGAAUUGAACUGCGGGAGGGUUUGGCUGUCAUUUUGGUUGUGUCAUGGCCUGACCUGACAGGGAGUGAGAGUGUCUAAAGAUGAAAGAUAGGGUUCAGGCACCUGAUAAGCAACAGAUGUUUGACACAUACACUGCUGGAUGCAUUUGAUUUGUUUGGUUGAUGGACCCUCCAGCUCUUAGGGUUUUUUUUUUUCCUGUUUCCUAUUUGCUGUGAUUCUUGAUUCCUCCAAAAAACCCUUGAUUUAACACAGCUUGAAGUUUAGUUUUUGUUUAUUUUUCCACUUUACAUGCGCCAGACGUUAAUAUUUCUUCAGAUUAGCCAAAUUGUAGAUAAGCUAAGUUCAUCUACAGUAACAGAACCAACGAAUUGUUGACUUGGUCACUUCUGGGUUUUUUUCUUUUUUUCUUGAACUCAACUAAAGGGUGUGUUCUUGUUUCUGGUCUGGUCCUAAAUGAUAUAUACAAAAAACUGUCAGUCCAGGAUUUUCUACUCAAGCUUAUAGAGACAAAUCAGUCACCGGGCUGGAGUACAUACAGGAACAUGUCACUGAAACUAGUGUGUGAGGCUCCUAACACAGGACCUGCUUUUGAUCAUUUUGUAGCAGGAGACACAAAACUAGAAGACUUGGGGGCUAAUGAAGGGGAGAGCAACAUUAAGAGUACUCUAAUAAAGGAGGCUGUUUAUGAGAUGAGUAGAAAUUAUUAUACAGUAUGUUUGUGAGUGCUUUUGUGGCACUGAUGAGCAGUUUGUGUACCUAUUUGAUUAGAACAUUUUGUCAGCCACUUGAGGUUUGAUGAAGUCAAUUUGAAAAUAAAGAUUCAAUUUUUCUCUUUUUUUUUUUUUUUUUUUUUUUUUUCUCCGAUGAGCAGGAUUCAUGAGCUAAUGCCAGUCACUAAAAUAAUAAAGUAAUAAUAAACUACAACUUCUGAGCAGGCACCUCAGAUCGUUUCCUCCUUCAGGUUCCUAUUUUGCAGUGUGGUUAACAGAGUCUAUCAAGGAGUGUCAAUCUAAUUGUUUUGAGAGGAAUGUGAAUAUAAAGGUCUCGCUGGAAUCAUUUUAAAACCUGGUUUUUACAAAAAUAAAAUAUUCUACUCUCUCUCUCUCCA